AUAAGGUGUCAGGAUGUCGCUGUCUAUUUCUCCAUGGAGGAGUGGGAGUAUUUAGAAGGACACAAGGGUCUACACAAGGAGGUCAAGAUGGAGGAGGACCAGCCCCUCACAUCUCCAGAGAGAUCCAGUCAGACGACAACACCAGAGAGAUGUCCGCGUCCUCUCCUUCCACAGGAUGGUCAGAUGACUGUACUGGGCGCUUGGAGAAACAUCUCAUAUCUACAUAUUAUAAUUCAGAUGAUCCAUGUGUCAUAUCAGAUACAGAUGAAGAGCGUGCCAGAGCGUGUUUUACUAACAAAUCAAGUCUUGAAAACCAUCACAGAAUUCACACAGGAGAGAAGCCGUUUUCAUGUUCAGAAUGUGUGAAAUGUUUCAGUUGGAAAUCAUCACUUGAGAGACAUCAGAGAAUUCACACAGGGGAGAAGAGAUAUUCAAGUCGGAAAUCAUCACUUGGGAGACAUCAGAGAAUUCACACAGGAGAGGAGAGAUAUUUAUGUUCAGAAUGUGGGAAUUUUUUUUCUCAGAAAUCAUCACUUGAUUGCCAUCAGAGAAUUCACACAGGGGAGAAACCAUAUUCAUGUUCAGAAUGUGGGAAAUGUUUUACUCUGAAAUCAAGUCUUAAGAACCAUCAGAGAAUUCACACAGGAGAGAAACCAUAUUCAUGUUCAGAAUGUGGCAAAUGUUUUACUACGUUAUCAAUUCUUGAGGGCCAUCGGAAAAUUCACACAGGGGAGAAACCAUAUUCAUGUUCAGUAUGUGGGAAAUGUUUUACUAAGAAAUUAUCUCUUGAGAGACAUCAGAGAAUUCACACAGGAGAGAAGCCAUAUUCAUGUUCAGAAUGUGGCAAAUGUUUUACUUUGAAAUCAAAUCUUGUGGACCAUCAGAGAAUUCACACAGGAGAGAAGCCAUAUUCAUGUUCUGAAUGUGGCAAAUGUUUUACUUUGAAAUCAAAUCUUGUGAGCCAUCAGAGAAUUCACAAAGGAGAGAAGCCAUAUUCAUGUUCAGAAUGUGGUAAAUGUUUUACUUUGAAAUCAACUCUUGUGAGCCAUCAGAGAAUUCACAAAGGAGAGAAGCCAUAUUCAUGUUCAGAAUGUGGUAAAUGUUUUACUCGGAAAUCAUCUCUUGGUAAGCAUCAGAGAAUUCACACAGGGAACAAGCAAUUUUAAAUCCUUCCUGUAAAAUAUGCCAUGAAUUUCCAU